AUGAGUUCUGUUAAAUGGAAUCUUUUGAAUUGUCAUUUUUGGAGUUGUAUUCUCGAUGUGAGCCUAAGUAUACUGGCAACACCCUAUCUUCUUUUUCCAAAAUUUGCUGGAUGUCCAUUGGGACUUUUCAAGGAGACUGGAAUAAGUACAAUCCUGCACAUACUGUAUGUUGCAGUUUUAAUAGGAGUUCUGACUGUUUCAAUGAUCCACAUUUUUGAAGCUCGAUUUUUGAUAUUCAUCGAUGACGAUCACUGGUGGCUAAAAAUGCGAAUGCCAUGUUUUAUACUAAACUAUCUUAUUGCAUUCUGUUAUAUUAUUCCUGUCUAUUAUUCUAUGCCAGAACAAGCAGAAGCGUAA